UAAGAUCAAGAUGGGAGCAAGCGUGCUCCCGUCGCUGCUCGUGGCAUCCGUGCUGCUGCUGCUGGGCGCCGCUGCGACGGCCAUGACGGUGGAGGACUCGGAGCUGGACAACAUCCAGCCACUGUCCACGCUCAAGCUGGACGCCGCGCAGGUCGCCAUGGACUCCGCGUCCGCCAUCCACGCCUCGCCCGACGUCCUCGGCAAGGACGGGGAGGAUUCUGCGUGGGUGACGGUCAACUUCACGACGCCGUCUCCCUCCUCGGGCCACUGGAUCGGUCUCUUCUCCCCUGCCGAUUUCAGUUCGAGCAUCGGGAGUGGCGCUAAGGUAGCAGGGGCAGAAGAUGCACCUGGGGCAGGGCUACCCACGGCUCCUGUAAAGUACAAAUUCGGCAACUACGAACCGAACUUCCUGCGCACCGGCAGCGGCAACACCAGUUUCCUCGUCAUCAACCAGCGGUACGACUACGCCUUCGGCCUCUUCUCCGGCGGCAAGGACAAUCCUAAACUCAUCGCCGUCUCGAACAAGAUCUCCUUCAUGAACCCGAAGGCCCCAGUGUUCCCGCGUCUGUCCCAAGGAAAACAAUGGAACGAGAUGGCCGUGACUUGGACGAGCGGGUACAGCAUUGACGAGGCGUACCCAUUCGUCGAGUGGAGAAUGAAGGGCGAGGAGAGCUCCAAGCGGACGCCGGCCGGCACGCUCACCUUCACACGGGGACACCUCUGCGGUAGUCCGGCUCGUGCACAGGGCUACAGGGACCCAGGCUUCAUCCACACCGCUGUCCUCAAGGACCUGUGGCCAAACCGGGAGUAUUCUUACCAGAUCGGGCACGAGCUACCGGACGGGACCGUGGCAUGGGGCAAGUCCUCGACCUUCCGUGCAUCGCCGUUCCCUGGCCAAGCUUCGCUCCAGCGCGUCGUCAUCUUCGGCGACAUGGGACUCGGGUCAAAGGAUGGUAGCAGUGAGCUCCAAGGUUUCCAGCCCGGGGCGCAGGUGACCACUGACCGGCUGGUGAAGGACCUGCCCAACUACGACGCCGUGUUCCACAUCGGCGACCUCUCCUACGCCAACGGCUUCCUCGCGCAGUGGGACCAGUUCACCGCUCAGAUCGAGCCCAUCGCCUCCAAGGUGCCCUACAUGGUCGCAAGUGGCAACCACGAGAGGACGUACAUAAACACGGGGGGAUUCUACAACGGCAACGACUCGCGCGGCGAGUGCGGCGUGCCAGCCGAGACCUACUUCUACGUGCCGGCGACGAACCGGGGCAAGUUCUGGUACGCGGCCGACUACGGCAUGUUCCGGUUCUGCGUGGGGGACACGGAGCACGACUGGCGGCCCGGGUCUGAGCAGCACGCGUUCCUGGACGCCUGCUUCGCGUCGGCCGACCGGAAGCACCAGCCGUGGCUCGUCUUCCUGGCGCACCGCCCGCUGGGCUACUCCUCCAACGACUUCUACGCGCAGGAAGGGGCCUUCGCGGAGCCCAUGGGGCGGGAGAGCCUGCAGCCGCUGUGGCAGAAGCACCGCGUCGACCUGGCCGUCUACGGCCACGUGCACAACUACGAGCGCACGUGCCCCGUGUACGAGAACACGUGCACGGUGAAGGGCCCGCAGCAGGGCGCGUACACGGGGGCGUUGGGCGGCACCAUCCACGUGGUGGCUGGGACAGCCGGAGCCAAGCUGAGGAGCUACGCCGGCGGGGCGUGGCCGCAGUGGAGCGUGGCGAGGAACCAGAGCUUCGGGUACGUGAAGCUCACCGCCAGCGACCACUCCACGAUGCGGUUCGAGUUCGUGCAUAGCGACGAUGGCGCCGUGCACGACGGGUUCACCAUCACUAGGGACUACAAGGACAUCAUGGCGUGCGCCGUCGACAGCUGCCCGCCCCACUCCUUAGCCAACUAGCCGUAAUUAGCUAGUACUGAAAUUUUGCUUUUCUUUUCUUUUCUUUUUUUAGAGCAGAGUUUUGCAUCGUUCUUCUGAUUCUCGGAGAUGAAAACAUUUUUAGAGUGCGUAUAGUGGUUUAUGAUGUUCGGAACCGGCUCCCACAACAUUAAUGAUUGAGUAAAAUUUGUGUGAUCUCCUUUUCAUUUAUUAUGCAAAAUGAUGGUAGUAAAAAAUUACACACAAAACAACAGCCCCGUUUCAAA